CGUUGCCCUCCUCACCCCUGCCUUGGAGCGAUGGCCAACCUUUUUGUCCUCUCAAGCUAUCACCUCGUUAAAGUCCAACGACAUCAUAACCCAUGCUGAGACGCUGCAGACGUGGCCUUAUUCCCCGAAACUCUAUACCGCUUCGUGCCUGUGCUGAGGAGGGCGGAGGGUGCAGAGGAGAUCAAUGUUCUGGCCCUUCAGCCUCGACAACUAUCCCCGGCCUAGCAGCGGCGAUCGUGGGCCCACGACGCCUCCCGUGACCACGAGCGGUCAGGGAAAGCAGCCAGGGGUCAAAGAGCCACGCAAAACGUUUCUAGCUAAUCAACGAACAUCUGUAGCUAUGGCAUGCAUUGCAUCUGCAGCUAAUUUGCCCUGCCCUGUCGUGCGUUGCGUCUUGUCGCGGCCCAGGAUGCGCUGGCAGCGUGGUAUUUCUUGGAGUUUACCCACACGACCCUAACAACUGAAGACCAAGCAGGUCGAGGUGUCAUAUAACCGAGGCCAAAUAGUUCACAGUAAGCUGUAUAGCUUGGGCCUGGUUCAUGCAGAAGCCCACUCUUGCAUCUACGACAUGCAGCAGCACAGCAUCGAUGCACCACUGACCAACGACUGCACACACUGCAUAGCUAGUGAAUGCGGGUAACGAUGUUGGUAGGCAUCUGUCAGCCAACGGUGCCGCGUCCGCUUCACUCCUUUUUACUGCUGCAGCAUCUUUGCUACUUCAAAGCAGGGCGGUGUGAGUGUGUGUCUCGCUUGCAUACAUUGGACCGGCCGACAGAUGCGUGAGAACUGCAGGUUGAGCUGUACUUGAUGCGUUGUCCUUUGACGUUCCAGUUGCUCGCCAUGAGGGUGGUGUUGCUGCCCGAUGACGACCUGAUGGUUCCGCGGCCGGAGGGAAGAUCUGGCGAGCCCUUGAAAGCGUUCUUGGGUUUUAACUCACGAUGCUUCGCGAAUGUCUGUUUUCUGUUCGAAUCGGGUGAAUUGAUCGUUGACCACGUCAGUACGUUGUUGGCGUGCAUAUGUGAGGAUGCGACGAAGUUUUCACCUGGAGUAGAAGGCUUUCAUUGGUCAUGCUCGCUUACUAUUCUUACCAAGCUACCUAUUCUGAUGAGAGAAGUCAUCCAUCGGAUUAGAAUGCAGAUGAGUUUCGGUAUUCGUCCUGGGAAAGGUUCGAGUAUGACUGUGUUGCGGUAUUGAAGAGCGUGGGGGUUGGCCAUAACGAUCUUGAUCUUGCCCCACGUGCAACUCGAAGACGAACAACACCAGAGAUUCAAAGCCCGCAGUAAAAUGAGUCUUGAAAAAGUAAACAGUCGAUGCGAUGGUUGGUUUCACCAUCGUACUGAGUAGUUAUCGUUCUUCUGUCCAGCGAUGAGCGCGGCAAUUUAAACAAGCUGCCGCCCUCGAGAAUCCGCGUCUAAUACCUACACAUGUCAAGUACCUAUGCAUUCUGCGGCCGUUGUUGAGACCCGACACGCACAGCCGCAAGCGCGCACCGCGAUUGUGCACAAUUGAAUCGAGUUCUGCUGCCCAAUUACGUCUCUUGCGCGACACCAUACGUCCCGACAGUCUGGGUCGCGGCUUUCACCAAGCAAGAUCGACUGUUACAGCGUGUUGGUCAGACAACGCCACAACAAGCCAACAUUUGGUCGGACCACCUGAGUGGCCGAGUCCAUAUUCGACCUGGGGGGCUUCCAUAUUGCCCAUCUCAGUGACACCCAGAUGCACUACGGCCCUGCCAGAGACUGAAAAGUGGAAUUCCACUGCAGUCAGAACCAAGAUCCAUACUUUGCUAAACGCAAUCGAUGUAGGCCGUCUGAAUAUGGCAAUUUGAAGGAAAUAAAGACCGGAUCUGAGGCCCGGCAGGCCCGGAGUUGGCUUCGGAGCACACUCAACCAUGUCCGUGCCGAACCGGAUGAGUGGCCUUUCAUUGGAUUUAUCCAUAAUCGAAGCGUCGGAAUAAUCUGUUUUCUCUUUUGAGUUCCUUCACUUCCAACUUGUUUCUUACUCCUUCUGAUUUCGGUACUGCCCGCAUAUGCUUUAUAGCCCUUUAUAUCAAAACACAUUACGAGAGCUCCCCACUCUCAACUUCGCUUGCUCUGGCCCGCUCGAUUUCCCCUCAUACAUCGUAGAGCAUCAUCCUGACCUCAACCCCGCCCGCUACUGCCCAUUACUGAUUGGUAUAUAGCCUUAUUUUCAAGUCAUUUUUGCCGAAAAAAAAACUAACAGGAUAUCAGACUCAUACAGAAUCUAUUGACAAUGAGUGCCAAUAUUCAGCAAUGGACGGUUGAGAAGCCUUGGCUUGAGACACACUGUCUGUUGGGUGAAGGACCUUUCUAUGAGGAAUCAACGGGCAAUCUGCGCUUUGUCGAUAUCCGCAAUAAGAGGUUACAUUAUGUGAAGAUGGCUGAAGGCCCUUCGUCUCUAAAAACCAUUCAACUGGACGUGUGCCCUACUGUCACAGCAAACAUUGCUGGGGUUGAUCCCCAGGAACGCAUCGCCAUUGGUGUCAAGUAUGGGCUGGCUGUUCUCGAUGUCAAGAAGGAGACAUACGAACUUAUUCAGCCUUUCGAACAACCCGCUAAUGAGCGUUUGCGAAGUAACGAUGGCGGCGUGGAUCCUCUUGGUCGAUUCUGGCUGGGUACAAUGACAGACUUUGGACUCGGUCCCUUUAAGCCUGAAGGAGCGGUCUAUCUAAUGGACGCCAAGUCACGAGAGGUCAAGCUACCUAAUAUGACAAUUCCCAACACACCAGGUUGGUCUCCUGAUGGAAAGACACUAUAUGUGACACACUCAAAUGCCAGAGAGAUUUAUGCCUUUGACUUCGAUACCGAGUCUGGGGAAAUUUCUAACAAGCGCGUUUUCUACAACCAUGAUGGUUCAGGCGAGCCCGACGGCUUCCGUGUAGAUGUAGACGGGUUCCUUUGGCAAGCUGUAUAUGGAGAAGGUCGUGUCAUUAGAAUCGACCCCAACACAGCCAAGAUUGUUGGAGAGGUCAAAGUGCCGACCAACAACACCACUUGUGUGCACUUUGUCGGUACUGAGCUUGUCAUAACAACUGCCGAGGACGACGAGGGCGAGGGAUCAAGCCGCGAGAACGGUGGUCAUGUGUUCAAGGUGGACGUCGGAAUCCGGGGAUUGAGGCUCAACGAUUUCAAGCUAUAGAACUCGAUCUUGACAGCGACAAGUGCUGACAGGCAUCGAAUCGUUUGUUACAGCUCAUUCCCGACUAUAGACGCAGAGACAGAGCAACGAAAGCACAGACCUUGGCAAUGCCUGAGGAAGUUUGGAUCAAAGCGCACUAAAAGUCCCUGAGGCUUUGACAAUCAUACGUACCCCAUCCAAGUUGAUUAUUUGCUAGCGCCCGGAUCUCAUGGACAUGUUCUAUCCUCGCUUCUGUUUUUCUAUCGUUGUGAUUCAAGCUCUGGACCUACUCGGAACUUGGAACCCGGACCCGGACGGACCAUGACCCUGGCGCUUGGGUUGUUCCAUGAUAUCCGUAUUCCUGGACAACCUUGUUUGCUUGCUCGUUGGGAUGCUACACAGUGCUUAUGAACCGUGGCUCUCGCCAAUGUUUGCCUACAUAUGAUCCAUGGAGCACAUCCGGGGGUCUUGUGAUGUUUGCGAACCCAAUAUUAUUUUCUCUUCCUCUCUCUUUCUGACUAUUGAACGCCGCACGAUGGAUGGAGUGUCGUGAGACACGGAGCUGCUUAGCUCUCUCAACUGCCGGAUCCAAGGUCCACUAACUCCCACAAGUGUAUUGUUUACCGAGUAACACUUCCAGGGCAUGACUCGCGUGUAGUUCUCCCUUACACCGCUGUCGCCCUCGACACCUUGACCGCUUUCACUCACAUUGUGAAGCUCUGCGCGGUCGGAACUUUUUUCAUGUCUGUUGCGUUGUUACGUGCAUAAGAGAAGUAUAUGUGAUGGCCAGGUGUAUAGCAAGCAUGGGACCCCCUGGCAAAGGAUGCAGAUGCAGUUUGGAAUUCGAUGCUGGCAGCUGUGUCUUUGACGGCUGCAUAUGUACUACAAGUUCUCCUGCACAUAGCGAGCACGCAUUGCAUGAGGUUGGGUUUUUCGCUAACAACACGCAAGGAAAGACAAUGAAGGGGUUUCACCGACAACUCAGCUCCUGUCUGUCUCUCUCUCACCGCUUCAAAUGAAGCAUUCACUGAUGGCGGCACUGGAACUGAUGUAAGAAUCUAAUGUGAGAACACACACUUGUUCCCCAGCAGACGCCCUCCGUCUUGAUAUAAUGGUUCGUUUCGCUCGCACAUGACGAAAUCCGCUUCAUCCCUACUCCAAAGUGAGAUCAUACUGCUUUUUUGACAUCUCGUGUAUCCUUCUAGUUGGUCAAACAGGCAACAUCCUAUCUCCAAACAUCCUCGCCAAAACGCAGCACAGGUCGAUCCUGUUCUAGGUUACACCCUGCUCUCGCCUCACUCACAACACAACAGUCACAUUCCAAAUCCUGUCUCUGUUACAUAGGGGUCUAUCACGUCAAAAACCAAAAGGUCGAUUUACCCUGGUUUCAACACCCCAGCCCUACCUAUGUAUACAAAAAAAAAGUCAGAAGAACACCAGCAACCCCUGUCACCGCUUCUCAGAACCUAGAGGAUUUUUGCUCCGGGCCACCCCCCUGGCACAUCUUCUCAGCAUCAGAACCUGGCAAACCGGGGAAGAGGGGAGGCUGCAGUAGGGCCCGGGGCUUAGACCGGGAAGCUGUGGAAUCGUCCCUGUUGGCUGACUGCUAUUGACAGCUAGAGUUUCGCUACGGUUGCUGACGUUGGACUGUAACGCCGUUGAGGUUGAAAGAUGGAGCAGAAGGAUGUUGUUAUCCGCCGAUAGCGUCCUUAACUCGAUGUCAGUGCGCUGUCAUGGCUUUUGACAUACGAACGAACUGCUCUCAUGUGCUCGAGUCACGAUGUGAUUGUGAAGAAGCCUCAAGACCAAUGAAGACCAAUGAUUCCAACUUUGUAGGUCAAUGUGUACCAAUACUGAAGUUAAUAACAAAUAAACUAUCAAAAAAGCAAUA